AUGGAUUCGAGACUUGGCACUGAUCUUGUGAGUGCAGCUGAACAUGUCGCAAACCGAUGUCGCGAUGCGGUGCGUAGCGGGCUAGGGUCAUCAGACACAGCGAGCAUUUGCUCAUCCUUGGACUACGUCCAGUCGCUGCUCUUCCAAUUGGAGCCAAUGAUGUUUGUCCAGCGGCUUGCAAACCAGAACCAGCUUCUAGCAUGUGUGCAAUGGUUAGGCGAAUUCCAAGUACUGGCCUAUCUCCCAGUCGAGGCAGAGGACGGGCUGUCUAUCAAGGAUGUGGCCGAACUGGCUGACGUGCCUGAGGCGCAGCUGUGCCGGAUUAUUCGUCUUACAACAAUGGGCGGCUUCUUGCGCGAACCACGGGCUGGCUUCGUUGCACACACCGCCCUUUCCGCUAGUUUCGUUCGCCAACUAGCCCAACUAGACGCAACUAUGUUCUUGUCUGAGACUGUGGCUCCUUGUAUGCUGCGCAUGGCCGCUGUAUCGCAAUGCCCCCAGGGUGAAGGAUUCUUGGUCGACUGGAGCAGCCAACGAGUGCAACGACUGUGGUCAAGCUUUGAUGGGGCCAUGGGCGUGGGCCCACUCCUGUCACGUGGCUUGGCGGGUGCGGGGGUAAUUUUAGCGCUAGCGGAAAGCCACCCCGCCCUGAUCUUCGUUGUUCAGAGGCAGAGUAACGCCACAGCCACAGCAAUAGCCACAGCCACAGUCACACCAGCCACCACCCAUAACAACCUCUACCUAUGUCACCGAACGCAUGGCACGCCACAGACAAUAAACGACGCCGUCCUGUACCUCAUGCGCGUACCCGCAACCGUUCCUGGAUCCGUCCGCCCUCAUAUUGAAGCCGAACUGCACGCCCACCUACCCGUCCUCAAGGCCCAGCGAAGCGCCAUACUGAUUCUGACAUGUCCCCUGCUGCCGGAGCCCGGCGCCGUCUUACGUCAGACUGAGCUGCUCGCACGCCUGCGUGACUUGACUCUACUACAGUUGGUCGGGAGUGGCCUGUUAACAUUACAUGAGCUAGUCGAGCUUGUUAGCAGCAUCCACGAUGCCCACGGCGGUCUUGUCGUCGUCAAGCAGCUUCAUGCUUCUAAUAGCGCCGUCGUCGGUUUAGCGGUCCGUUAUCAGCCAUUGCUACCUAUGACUGGCUAA